UGGCUGGCCCGGGAGUCGUUGUCGUCGCGUUAGUCGGCCGCAAAGCCUAUACGUUGUAUACACGCACAGCAGAACGGGCGAUCGUCGGGCGAAAAUAUAAUAUACAGUGAUAACAAUAAUAAUAGCAAUAUAGUUUUGUCAUACCACACAAACAUAAUAAUAUUAUUAUUAUCGUAGCAUACGGAUGUUUCUCGCGUCGUUUAUUGUGUCCUCGUCGUUCAGUCCGUUCGGUUCCGCGUACACGACUCUGUAAUAUUUUAUAUUAUUGUAUAGUUCCGCUCGGUAUUAUCUAUAAGUAUAUGUACCUACUCACUACGGUUUUCGACGUUUGAUUAAAUUCCGCCGUCGUUCGCUAUCGAUAUCUUUAAUUUUUUUUUUUUGCAAUCGCAUCGUACAAUUGCGCCUACCUACCUGCCUUAUAUUGUAAUCAGCUGUCCGUACUAUAAAAUUAUACAUACCUACGCGUCCAGUCGUGUCAUGCCGUCGUUGAGUCGUUGAGUCGAGUGGAUGCACAGCAGUGAUGUUGAUCGGCAGCGGUACUGCAGGCAACUUCGGGAGUUUCAACGUGGACCAUCCGGGCGGGCCCAGCAUCAUCAGCGGGAUACAGGGAUCGCCACACCACGCAAGCACCGCCAGCCAGCCCCAACAGCAUUCGCCCGGUUCGUCGUCGGGCGGCGGUGGCGGCGGCAGCGGUGGUGCCGGAGGAGGUAGCGCCAUGACGCCACUUUUGCCGUCGUUCGGGUUCACCCAGGAACAGGUGGCUUGCGUGUGCGAAGUGCUCCAGCAGUCCGGCAACAUCGAGCGGCUUGGUCGGUUCCUGUGGUCGCUGCCGAGUUGCGACAAGCUACACAAGCACGAGAGCGUGCUCAAGGCAAAGGCCAUCGUUGCGUUCCACCGCGGUAACUUCAAGGAGCUGUACCGAUUGCUGGAGAGCAACCAGUUCUCCGCGCACAACCACCCUAAGCUGCAGGCGCUCUGGCUCAAGGCGCACUACGUGGAGGCCGAGAAGCUCAGGGGCCGCCCGCUGGGUGCCGUCGGCAAGUACCGAGUACGCCGCAAGUUCCCGCUGCCUCGGACCAUAUGGGACGGUGAGGAGACCAGCUAUUGUUUCAAGGAAAAGUCCCGGAUGGUGUUGCGCGAAUGGUACGCUAGCAACCCGUAUCCAAGCCCCAGGGAGAAAAGGGAAUUGGCAGAGGCCACAGGAUUGACCACGACCCAGGUAUCCAACUGGUUCAAAAACCGAAGGCAAAGGGAUCGGGCGGCUGAACAGAAAGAUGGUAUGUCCGGUAGCCGGAGUCCCACCGGGAUGGGCGACGGAUGCGAGAAGAUGGUCGGCGGCCCGCCGUCCAACUUGGACUCAAGCUCGUCCGAAUCCAUCGACGGCGACAACAUGAAGUCCCACAUACACAUGCUGCACAAACCCAGCGCGAUAUCGUUCGGGCAUUCGAUGAUCACAGGCCAGGACCACUUGUCCAGUCACGAGAUGAUGUUCGGAGGUGGAGGCGACCUCAAGUCAUCGAUGUCCGGCGUCGGAGGCGUCGGCGCUGGCGGCAUGUCCAUGAUGGCCAACUCGGCGGCCGCGGCCGCAGCGUACCACCACCAGACGCAGCUGAUCGGCGGCGGUAUAGGAGGCGGUGGCGGCGGCAGCAUCGUCGGCGGGUUCGGGUCUCCCAUCGGGAGUCGCCCGUUGAUCGCCACUGGCGUCGGCGGCGGUGUCGGCAACGGCGACCACCACAGUCACUUGCAGCAGAUCGCCGCCGGCCACCCUGCCGAUCCGUCGCUACUGCACGACUACCAUUCCUUAUGACAGUGGGUGUCUGGCUACAACGGUGGCCAGCAAUGAAGUCGCAACGGAUACGCACUCGCACCCGCACGCCGAUCGCACCCGCACAGCACCCACACACGAGCAAGGCUCUAAGUUACAUAAAAUUUUAAUAUAAUUAUUGUAAAAAUAAUAACAAUUUUAACGCACACCACUCGUCGGCGGCGGAGACCGUACUGCGCAUAAUUUCGGACGAAACAGUUUCGAUUCACAUGGCAAACGAGUAAUCUUGCACUUACCCGCGAGGUAUAUGCAUAUGAUUAUGAUGUUAAUUUAUAAUAAUAUCACAAUUUACGAUAUUUUAUUAUUAUUUUUAUUAUUAUUGUAUUAUAUCGUUGUGUGACGGACGCGACGAAAACGCCACAACUACCGGAUGACUGCCCGGCAUCAAAAUAAUAUUGUCUUCGGCACAAAAGACGUACUUAAAUACAUACACAUACGAUAUACAUAUAGGUAGUACAAUGUUGUACUUGAUAUUAUAUAAAUCUAAUAUUAUUAUUAAUUGUCUAGCGUGAGUAUAAUAUAUGAUAAUAUA